CUGUUAACUAGUUAGUUGCUUUGAAACACUGCUGAUAUUCACAACACACCAAAAACUAAAAUACAACAAAAAUAAAGAACCCUAUAGAUAAGAUACUUUUCGUUUUUCUUUUCCCAAUAUCGAAGUAGAAAAUAAAAAUUUAUAGAAGAAAAAAGCAAAACAACAAAAUCCAAUCAACCACAACGAAAAAUAUUAUAGAAAUUGUGUGUCUUUAACUAUUUAUCAAUAACAGAACGUAUUUACUAGUAGAGUACCACUGUGCCGUUUGGGAACUCAAGAACUUUGAAAAUUUUUCGUUACAAAAGAAAUAGAAAUUUUGAAAUCAUUUGUAGAACUGCACGAAUAUCAGAGAGCGUGUCUAAAUUGAAACAACUCAAAGUUCAACUAACAGUUUAAAAAAAUUACAUUUAUUUUAUACUGUUCAAUAAUAAAAAGGAAAAAAUAAUUAAAUUAAUAAAAACAAAAGUUUAAAUGAAUAAAGUGGCCAUUUAAUUUAUUGUUACAAACAACAAUUCCAUCACAUUUAAAAUGAUCAAAACUAAAAAAAAUUAAAAACAAAAUAAAUUUAUUCAAAUUUAUAAUAAACUCAACUUAAUUUAUGCGUGAAUAAAAAUUAAAUAUAAUUUAAAUAAAAAAUAAGCCUGCCUGCCAGUUGUGAUAUAAAUAGAUUUGUAAUAAUAAUAAUAAAAUCAAAAACAUUUUAAUUUAAUAUAAUUUAAAAAAUAAAAUAAAUAAAAUUAAUAAUAAAAAUCUAAAAAUCAACAAUAUGGAAGUUUUGACAGUACAAAAUCAAUAUAAUGAUCAACAUUAUAAUGAAAUUUCAACAACAAGAAUUAAAAAUUGGUCAAGAUCUUUAAGCAAUAACGCACAAGACCCACGCCAUCAUCAUCAGCAGCAACAACAACGUCGUCAUGCUCAUCAGCAAAAACAGCAAACACAACAGCAAUUAAGGCAACAACAACAGCAGCAGCAACAGAUACCACCACCAGAUUACUAUUAUGCCACAGAAGAUGAACAACAAAUUGACAGUGAUAGUAUUGAUGCGGCAGCAGUGAAUGAACUUUCAUUGCUUUUGCUGGCCGAAUUGCGUGCUGCCAAAACUCGCAAUCUCACCUGUACCGAAGUCUCAUUACCCAGUGAUCUCACCCAACGCAUAGCCACCGAUAUAGUGCGUGUCUCGGAACGUGAACCCUGUGGCAUACGUGGCUGUACUGUGUUUGUCGAAUACGAAGAGGAGUUGAAUAGUGUUAAGCGUAUUGCAAAGUUAAAAUUAGAUCCUGAAAUGGUGUCUACCUUUGAGGUGUAUUUAACCUUGCGCCAGGAUAAGCGAGGUUGGACCUCUCUGUUGCCCCAGUUUAUAAAAGGUCUAUCACGGACUAUAACCAUAAGUCCUGAUUAUACCAUUAAUAAGCGUAAACUUUACUCUCAUGAUAGCAAUUGAGUCUGAGAGCAAUGGAGCUAAAAGAGUUGGCUAGAACCGUUUAGAGAGAGAUAGAGAUUUAAGCUCUUUGUUUAAUUAAUAUAUAUAUUUUUUUUAUAAAAACAAAACUUCUAUUUAUGAAAAGUUAAGUAUUUUUUUAUGUUUUCUGGAAACACAUGAUCAGGAGUCUUUGUGAUAUAGAAAUGCUCCUUAAAAACCAACAACAACAACAACAACAAUUUAAUUUAAAAAACAAGGCAAAGAGAAGAUAAUUGAACUCAUUAAAUGAGUUCAAUGCGUUAAAGAGUAAAUAUUAAAAAAGUAAAAACAAAAAUACAUAGUUUUACAUUAAGACAAACAAAUUCAAUUUAAUUAAUUAGAAAAAGAAAAAACAAAAUAUAAGUAUUUUGAAUUCAUCCCACCUAUACUCACCACUGUUAUAAAAUCAUUAAUUCGAAAAGAGUGUUUUUAUGUACGUUUUUAUUUUCAAAAUAUUUUAGCAAAAAAAAUUGUUGUUUUUUUGUUAAUUUAAUACGAGUAAUUGCUGUGUGUACUCAUUAUUUUUAGUGCUUUAGAGCAGUUGUUUAAAAAAAUUUUUUUUAUUUUUUUAAUAUAUUUAAAUUAAAAUUUCAAUUAAAUGUUUUGAGAAGGCAACAGUGUUUUUUCGGGUUCAAGUGUUUCUCAACUAAUCGGUUAUUCAUUAAGUUUAUUUGCAAAACACGUGGUGUUUUGUUAAAUAUACUUCAUAGAGGAAUUUGUUAAAAUUUAAAUAAUAACGAAAACAAAUUAUUUGGUAAACAAAUAAUUGUUUGAUGAUCUCAGGCAUUAUUGACUAAUGGUAACCACAAUUUUUUUUUACAAUCCAUAAACAAAUUUUAAUUUUUAAAAUUUUACAUGUUUAAAAAAAUUAAUUAUUAUUAUUAUUUAAUAAAAUUUAUUUUCAUUUUGUAAUCAUUAAAUCUUCAAAAUCGAAUAAUUCAAAACACUUAAAAAUUUAAAUCGAUAAAGAAAAUAAACCUUAAAAAACACAUUCAGUUCCUCUCAGACAGAUUCUACUAAAAGCACACAAGCAACUCACAUCCAAAAAGAAAAAUAAAUAAAAAAACAAACAUAAAAACAUUUUCGGCCUAAAAUAAUUAAAAAAAAAACUAAAAACAACAACAAAUAACGCUUGAAAUAAAAGCGAAAAUAUAAAUAAAAAGAAAAACAAAAAAACUAAAAAAAAACUCAUGAAAAAUGUGAUACUGAUUAAGUUUUUAGUAUUUAAGUACUAAUAAACUAUUGAAAAAUACAACAACAACAAAUGAUUUAUUUAAAUAAUUAACUAAACUGUUUUGCUGGUUAAAAUACAGUUUAAAUAUUUGUUUUCUGUUUAAAUAUCCAACAAAUUAUAAAUUAUUAAUUAAAUUACAAACUAAAAUAAUUA